AGUUCGAUUAACGUGAAAACGAAAUUCCUGAAAUAUUUAUACAACCUGUCGCGAAAAAAUAAAGAAUCGAUAAAGAUGGUUAGUAAAGGUUCAAAUAUGUGUCCCAGUAGAAAGCGUAAACUGUCUAAUGCUACGAAUGAAAUUGGUAAAAGCAGUAAUGUCAAAGUUGUUGUGCGAGUGCGACCAUUGAACUCGAUGGAGUUAGUUGGGAAUCAUACAAAUGUUGUUCGUCCUAUGGACGACCGUGUUGUGGUUUUCGAUCCUCACGAAGACUACGAUGCGAGCAGUUUUAUACCAAAUGCGAGAACACGUCGGCGAAGUAAUAUUCUUGAAAAGAGGGUGAAAGACUUGCGGUUUAUAUUUGAUCGUGUCUUCGAUGAGAGAUCGAACAAUGAAGAAAUAUUCAAUCAUACGACAAAGACGAUAAUCGACGGAGUUCUUAAUGGAUACAAUUGUACUGUGUUUGCAUAUGGUGCUACGGGAGCUGGCAAAACUCACACAAUGCUUGGUAAUGAUAAAACUCCUGGAGUCAUGUUUUUAACUAUGAUGGAUUUGUACAAAAGAAUUGAUGAAAUGAAAAAUGAGAAAACAUGUGAAGUAGCUGUGUCCUACCUUGAGGUCUACAAUGAAACAAUCAGAGAUUUGUUAAUGCCUGGUAAAGAUCUUGCAAUAAGAGAAGAUCCACAAAAAGGGGUUUGCGUGAAUAAUCUCACACUCCAUCAGCCAAGAAGCGCCGAAGAAUUAUUUGGUAUGUUGGAGUUUGGAAACAGAAAUCGAAGUCAACAUCCGACGGACGCCAACGCCACCUCCUCUAGGUCUCACGCGGUUUUUCAAGUGUUUGUGAGGCAGAAAAGGACUGGGUCUGGUUUGAAAGCCGAUUUUCAGGUUGCAAAGAUGUCUCUUAUUGAUUUGGCUGGUUCAGAAAGGGCGACUGUUACCAAGAAUAAAGGACCACGCAUGCGCGAAGGAGCAAACAUCAAUAAGUCAUUGUUGGCUCUUGGAAACUGCAUCAAUGCUUUAGCUGAGAACAAGAUAUACUUUUUAGAAAACGCCCACAUUCCUUAUCGCGAUAGUAAGUUGACAAGAAUUUUGAAAGAUUCACUUGGAGGCAAUUGUAAAACUGUGAUGAUUGCCGCUGUCAGUCCUUCGUCGUUAUCGUAUGAAGACACUUACAACACCUUAAAGUAUGCUGAUAGAGCAAAGAACAUCAAAUCAAGUCUUGUGAAAAAUGUAGUCAGUGUUGACCUUCACUUGAGCCAGUAUCCAAAACUCGUAAAAGAACUACAGGCAGAGGUUUGUCAAUUAAAGGAAAGACUAAAUAAAUUUGAAAUGGGUGAAGCUACGCCAAUGAAGAAAAGACGUUUGGACGAGAGUAGGAAAGACGAAUUUGAAAAGUUGAAGAGUGAGAUUAAAUCUGUGUACAAUCAGAAAGGUGACAUUCGUAAAAAUAUUCUUGAUACGGAAUGUCUUGAGAAAGAAAUGAUGGAGAAACUACAUCGAAAGAAAAGAAACAUGGAAUGGAUGAAUAUUCUUUCUUAUGACGACUUGAAAAUGAACAAGGUCGAAACAAAAGUACGAAAGUGUUUAUCAGCUACAAAAUCGCGGAUAAGACACUUAAGAGAACGACGAGAAAAGUUGAAUGAGCAGGCUCGUGAGAACAGUGAAUGGCUUCGUCGUACUCAGAAUGAUUUCAAAAUUAUUGAAUCGCUUCAAUGUUCUAUGGAUAUGCUAUCAUUUUUAACUGUGUACGAGACAUCGUGUCGCAACAAAAUACAGGCAGAUGAAUUGAUGCAAGAAGCAAAGUACUACAAGAAAUGUAUAAAAAAUUACGAAUUGCACAGGAAAAGAGAAAAGCGUUUGAUUGAGUCGUUACUAAAAUGCGUUCGUAAGCAGCACGUCGUUUUGAUGUCCUCUGAAAUGAACACUGAAGAAAUGGAUAAAGAAUAUGAAAAUAUUGUUAAUAUGGUUGAGGAUAACAGAGAGGUAGCAUGGGCCGAUCAAACGACGACCUUAGAUAACAGGGAAGUAUCUGACGGGAUAUCUUGUGCAAUAAAAAACUUAAUUUCAGGAACUCCCUGCCGUUCACCUCGAUCGCAAAGAAGGGUUUGCAGUAUUGAUCUUACACCACGUAGAAUGAACAUUGAACGAACGCCAUCGUUAACGCUUAGCUCUACUGUUCCACUACGCGUAGAAAGUGACGUCAUUCCUCAAAGAAAACAAGAUAGCUACCGAAAAUUAAGCAUCGGAUCAUUUUUGUUGUCAUUACUGAAUUAA